UGAAGAGGCUGACCAAGCGACUGCAGUUUUGAGUGAACAUGAAGCCGAUACCACCGAUGGAGCCUUAGCCAAAAAUAUAAAAAUGCUGAAGAAAGCAGAUGAACGUAAAAUCGAACUGGUCUGGUCGAAUAUUAUCAUAUUUGCCUAUGUUACUCUGGGUUCACUUUAUGGCUUGUAUCUUUUCGCCACAAAUUCCAUACAAGGGAAGACGUAUGCGUUUUAAUUAUGCAUUCGCAUGUUGAACCGGUUUUUGUCCAACAGGAGGUUGAUAUUGUUACUGGAGCUUUAAAUGAAGAAGACCUCGAGGUGACCUUGGCCAAAGAUAUUCUAAAAUUAAAAAAUGCUAAAGAACGUAAAGUGGAGCUAGUCUGGAGAAAUAUAAUUAUAAUAUCCUAUGUGACACUAGGAUCAUUGUAUGGCGUUUACCUGCUUCUCACAAAUUCUGUUAAAUUAAAAACUUUUGUAUAUGCUCUCUUACUAUCAUACGCUUCUGGGUUUGCCAUAACGGUAGGAGUACAUCGGCUCUGGACACAUCGCUCCUAUAAAGCCAAAUGGCCUGUUAAAAUUGGUUUACUUAUCUUCAGUACAAUUGCUUACCAAAACUCGGUCUAUAUAUGGGCUCGUGAUCAUAGGGUACAUCACAAGUAUAGCGAGACCGAUGCAGAUCCUCACAAUUCUAUGCGUGGUUUCUUCUUUUCACAUGUUGGUUGGCUCCUGUGCAAGAAGCAUCCCGAGGUGAAGGCAAAGGGUAAAUGCAUCGAUAUGUCAGAUUUGAAAAGUGAUCCUUUGGUUAUGUUCCAACACAGAUAUUAUUUUGUAUUGAUGCCCUUGAUGAGCUUUGUUAUUCCAACAUUAAUACCAAUGUACUUAUGGGAUGAAACCUUCAGUAAUUCCUGGCAUGUAGGUGCUUUGCUUCGUUGGUUCUAUUCAGUCAACUGGGUUUGGUGCAUAAACAGCGUUUGCCAUUUGUACGGCAACAAACCAUACGAUAGACGCUUGAAUCCCGGCGAAAACAAUCAAAUAUCCUGGCUAACAUUUGGAGAAUCCUAUCACAACUAUCACCAUGUCUUCCCUUGGGACUAUAAGACUGGUGAAUUGGGUGGAUCGAUGAAUAAUUUGGGUGCUUUGUUUAUUGAGACCUGUGCUAAAUUCGGAUUGACUUAUGAUUUGAAAAGCGUUCCCAGGGAUAUUAUUAAGCAACGUAUUAUGCGCACUGGCGAUGGGAGUCAUCCUGUUUGGGGGUGGGGCGAUAAAGAUCAAAAGCUGGAAGAAAUCCAAAAUGCAGUUAUUCGAUGAAAACAUUAUUAAGCUCUAUGAUGAGCUUAACGAUGGGACAAUAUCUAGACUUGACUAAUGGAAACCUUGGUUCAAUUGAGUUAUUUGUCUAUAUUUUAUAAGGAAAACAGAUAAAGAAUUCCACA